AGAACAAAAAAUCAUUUGCUUUUUAUUUUUUUUUUUCUUCUCGUUCUGAAAAAUUGCAAUUAUUAUAAAUAAAAGUGCACUCAUUACACGAACGAAGAGUAAAAAGUGAAAAUUUUUUUUAAAUAAACAUUUUGUGUAAUAAAAUCAAAAAAAAAAAAGAAACACAAAAAUAAAAAAUAUAAUAGAAAAUUUUCUUUUUGUUGUCUUUAAAUCAUAUAUGAUGACAGCGAGCAGUGUAGAAUUUUUUCCUUGUCGCGUGCAAUUAAUGGGUUUGCCACGUUCUACGGCCACCGCUACCGCUAGUAGCGGUGACUUGCCAACCGCCCUAGUACAACGUAAUACACCGAAUAUUACACAAACAACGAGCACAGUAACGUACAGACGUCCACCGUUGGCUAAAGUGCAAGGCGUUAGCCGCAAUUUGUUCGGUACACCAAAGCCCGGUGAGAUUAAUCAACUGUUUCAAAAGGAAGCUCAACGCCAACGUUCGUACGUAUUGCAACGUUACAAUUUUGAUAUUGCAAGUGGAAAACCCACAACCAAACAACAACAUCCCACAGCAGCUGUGGUAAAGGCCAAUAUCAACAUUAAUGAACGGUAUCUGGUUACCCAAAUACCUGGCAGCCUGAUCGAGCGAGAAUUACAGGAACACGAACAACGUUUGCAAAAGGAAAAAUGUAGCUUAAAUCGCUCGCCGCCCGAUGAGAUUAAGUGCAGCAACUUUAAACAGAAAGCAACAAAAAAUCUUAGCUCUGGCUUAAAAGUAUUGCGUAAUCGAACAAUCAACCCCUCCAUAACUUGUCAAGGCGACUCAACCUUACCAGCAGCAGCAGCAGCAGCAACAUCAGCCGCACCUGGAGCAUCGCUGUUCUUGUUGUCAUCAUCCUCAGAACGCUACAAACCUUAUAGCAGACAAACUCUAAUAACAGAAUGUUUUAAUUUACGUAAAAACAAACAAUUUAUUGCUGCUGGCAGCGGUGGUGUUGUUGGUAAACUAAUAAAAACAGCAGCUAAAUACGAAGUAUUAAAAUUACCACAAGAGGAGAUAACAACGGCAACUGUGACAGCGACAACGACAACAACGGCAACAACAACAGCAACGGGAACAGCAACGGCAACGGGAACGGGAACAUCGUGUCAAUUGCACUCGACAGACUUAUCGGUAAAUAAUAAAAAGUGUCUUGAAGGGAGAGAAGACAACACCGACAACAGCAACAACAAACAUGUUAAUAAUAAUUUGCAAACUGACAACACUAAAAGCAACACAAUAGACACUAACAAUGAUGAUAAUAAUAAUGAUAAUGAUAACGAUGAUGGUGGUGAUGAUAAUGAUGAUGAUGAUAAUAAUGAUGAUGAUGAUGAUGAUGAUGAUGAUAUUGAUACAUUAACAGCGACAGGAGGAACGACAAUCAUGUUGCAAGUUUCAGUGUCAGCACAAAAGGCGUCACGCAAUAUGACCUCCAUCUCAACAGCUAAUGCGCCACAUACGCAUCAUGCGUAAAACUACUAAAUAACAGAAUAAGAAACGCG